AUGACGACUGCAACGUGGGAAUGGACUACUCUGAAACGACUGCAGUCCACUGACUUGACAGCCGAGAAGUUUUGGAGUGCAACGAACGUGUGGAACGCCAAACCACACCUGUUGAUCAAGCACUUGAUGGGCGCUGAGCUGCUCGUAUCCGAAUCGCUAGCUGGUGAAUUUGGUGACGUGUUGUCCUCGGUGGCAACUAAAGACCUACCACCCGCCACCUGGGUAAGAGACCCUACUGAAACCUUUUGGUGUCUGGGCUUGAGUGGCGGUCAGGAUAUCCAUGCGGAAGUCUGGAAGCUGUUCACCAAGAAGCCCGUUGACUGGAAUGAUUAUUUUCGACUAAGUCUCUUUGACAGGCUAAAUAACACUGCCGUGUUCUACGACUGUACGCCUAAGAAGAAUGGGGACGACAUCAAAUAUGCCUAUGGUAUUCAUUAUGUGGACGACUGGUUGGAGUUACGUCUCGCCAUGCCGUCAAACCAAUCUUUGGACGACAAGAAAACGCUGCACUGGAUGACCGACAUAUUUUUUCCUAAAUUUUUCAACUGGACCAUCAAUGAUAAAGGGUCUAAACCCACAAUUUCAUCUUUGUCACACGUUUGUGUUCAAAUGUACUGUAAUUUGUAUAGUCGGUUGAAAGAAAAAUAUGCCAAAUCGCUAAUGAAUGUUUGGACAGAAGUAACUGAUCCUAAGAAGUAUAUUCAUAAAGAUAUUGCAACAGCCACAUACCUUAUGCUGUUAUGGGGCGACACCAAACCAUGUUUUAUUGAUAUGGGAUGUGGUAACGGUUUACUUGUACAUGUGUUAAAUAGUGAAGGAUAUAGCGGAGUCGGAUUGGACGUUAGAUCUCGGAAAAUGUGGGCUCAAUAUCCACAAUCUACAGUUUUAAAGGUAACUAGUGUUGAUCCAUCGUCGUCUGACUGUAAAUUUCCACAAGCUGAUUGGAUCAUAGGCAAUCAUUCAGAUGAGCUGUCGCCCUGGGUACCAGUAAUUGCCUCUCGUAGCAAUUACAACUGCAAAUUUUUUCUCCUUCCAUGUUGCCCUUUUGAAUUCAAUGGUUCCCGCUACCAACGCAUAGAUUCAUCCCUUAGUCAAUACCAUGAUUAUCUAAAAUACUUGGAAAAAACAAGUACUAACGUGUUCAAGUUCAACGUUAAAACCGACCGUCUACGAAUACCUUCAACAAAACGGACAUGCAUCAUUGGCUGGUCGAAAAAUUAUUUGCCACAGGAAGUGGAUCAAGUUGUGCAAGACAUCGAAAAGUUUGCAAAUUCUAAAUUCAAUGAAAAUGUUCAAUUUGUGCCCAGGCCAUCCGAAGAGAGAGUCAGGAAUUGCACCAAAUUAGAUAAAGACUUGUUACGCAGUGUGGUCGAUACAGUAGCUGAUGUAUUGAUAAAAAGUUCAGAUGGAUGGAAGUGUCGCGUCACUUUAGGUGAAUUAGCAAAACAAAUUGGUGAAGAGAGGCUGAAAAAAUUGAAGAAAGAAUGUGGUGGUUUGCAGACAUUGUUAAGGAAUCACAGGUAUAUUUUUGUGGUUGAGAAAGGAACUGUUGGAUUCAGGAAACCAGUAAAAGACUGUGGCAAAGUUUGGAAGAAACAUAAGUGUUGGUUUUAUCAUAACUAUCCUGACAAGUGUCCGUUAAAUGAAGACGAGUGCUGUAAUAUACAUUAA